UUCUAUGUCAAUGUUUUGUUUCCUGUUUCCCACCCUUCUUCCCAGGAUAGCUGCAUUCACUGCUUUUACUCAGACCAGACAUUUUGGAGCUCUUCAUGAGACAACCAGCAAGGCGAUUUUAGCUGCAGGCAAAGAAACCUGCUUUAGGAAUUGGAUUAAUACUCCUUUCAUUUUUUUCUUCUCUUUCAGAUUUGUCAUCAUGAACUUCUUGCCACUUGCGAUCAUCUUUGUUUUCUAUCUUCCCCAAGUUUUGCCGAAGUCCAAGAAUGUACAAGAAAUUCAUGCCGACCAGGAGACGAUUGGCAAGAUUUCAGCUGCUGACCAGCCUGCAGUUGAUAUCCUUUUCCUCUUGGAUGGCUCCUCCAGCGUUGGUAGCAGCGGCUUUAAUAAUUCAAAGCACUUCGCAGGCAAACUCUGUGAUGCCUUGGACAUCGAUCCAGACAGGGUCCAUGUGGGACUGAUACAGUUUACUUCAACUCCCUGCAUUGAGUUCCCACUGGAUUCAUACCAAAACAAACAAGAAGUGGAAGAGAGAAUCCAGAGCACCAGGUUCAGAGAUGGGGAAAAAAAUAUCAAACAGGCUCUGGAAUGCAUUCUCUGCAAGGGCUUCCCGGGUGGCAGAAACUCGACCGUCCCUGAGAUCCUGUUCAUCAUUUCGAAUGGAAAGUCCAGUAAAAGUACCACAACGCUUGCCACGCAGCUGAAGAAGAGAGGGAUCACCAUUUUCACAGUGGAAAUCAAGUCUCGAAGGUUGAAGAGGCUGCGCAUGCUGGCCAGCGAGCCCACCAAGCAGCACAUGUUCUCCAUUGAAGAUGCCGACGGUGCCAUCAACGGCCUGUACAGCGCCCUCACUGGCUCCAUCUACAAUGCCACCGCCCCAGACCCUUGCAACUCCCAGCUGUGCCAGAACAGCGGCACCUGUGUCCCAGAGGGACUGGACAAAUACCACUGCCUGUGCCCGGUCGGGUAUGGAGGAGACAUCCAUUGCGAAGCGAACAGCACCGUGAGCCUCUGCAAACCCAACCCUUGCCUGAACUAGGGCGUGUGAAUCCUCGGGGCUGGAAGCUGCCACUGUGAAUGCCACGGCUGUGAAGGAACCCACUGCAAGAGCCAUAAACCUCAGGAGACAGCAACCGUGACAGGCCUCAUCCGUUCGUCCCAGCCCCGCUAAGCUGCUCCCAAAUGCCACUUCUCCCUUUAGCAGAGAUGUAGCUGUACCUCCCUGAUAGCUUCCUGGUGGCCUUGGUGCUCGCUUGGUGUGUCACCUGGAGAGCAGAGAGGUUUGGGAUGCUUCUCUCAGGAAGCUGCACCCUAUUUUAUGCACUUGCUAAGCAAGCUGAAGCCCAAGAAGGUGUAAUAAUUUAGUUAGUCUUCCCCUUCUCUCUGUUCCCCUUUCCCAUGGGCCCUGCUAGAAGAAACGAACCCGCCUGGGCUCCCGGGAUGGAAAGCUCCGGCUGCCCUUUGAAGGGACAAAGUUAUCUCUAACGCCAAUAGUUCUCUAUUGUUAGAUAACUCCAAGCCAAACGGUGUUUGUUAGGCUGUAAGGUGCUGAGCUUAUCCCUUGGUCCUAAAGCCCUUAUCCCAUCUGCGUUUCUCUCCUCUGCAACAGGAGCUCUCUGGGGUGACUCUCUGAGAUCCUCCAGGCUCCUGUGUGCAGUGGGGACCGAGAGCUUCGCAGCACUUCUCCAGAGCCCAAAGGUACAGGGACCACAGACGCUGCUGACACAGAAGGUGCUCAGGUUCUCCUGCCACCACCACAGGCUGCUACUCACAUGCAUGACCCUGCAGGCUGCCUCUGGCCUUGGCCCGGAUCAAGUGACUGGCACUGAGACUGUGCUGAGGACAUUCCCAGUUCCUGCAUGCACAAACUGCAUGGCAUAAGCUUUCUGGUGCUUGCUUUCUUUUUGAAUCAAGUAAAUAUUUGCAUUUCAAUAUUUAUUGUUGGCAUUUUGCAUUUCCUCGUCCGGAUUCUGGUGGUGGGGGAUUUGUAUUUGUUAACAACCUUCUUGAAAGAUCUUUGAGUUAGUCUAAAAUUAUGUGGGAGCCUGAGCAAUUCUGGAGUUUCCACCGAUGGGGGAUAGUGUAGAUGGCAGCGUUGUUCCCAGUGCACAGAGAUUUUUAAGGAAGUAUUUAAUCAGCUGAGCCAAUAGGCUGGAUCAGACUCUUAGUCAGCUGUAAUCUUGAUGUUAGUUUUUGGAUCAGCCUAAAGAUUUGUUUGUCUUUCUAAAUUUGACUGCUUGAUACCUUGGCCAGAAUUAUUUCUCAAUGGAAAAACUGCAGAAUGAAAUUACUUUUUUUUUUUUUUUUUAAUGAGGAAGAUUCUUCUUCAUGUUUACCUUUCUGAGCUUUUUCAUCAUCACUUCAUCCUGGGGUCUCACAGACCUGGUCAGGACCCUUUGUCACAGCUGGCUCCCUGGUUAGGCAGCGGGUGACGCCGUGACUGGCUUGUUACCUGCAGGAGCACAAGUAAGAGGAAGGAGAUCUGGUUGUGAGUUUCUGUUCUGUUUUGUACGUUGUCCGUGCCACUCUCUUCUCUGAAUUUACGUGGACUGAUCAGAUAUGGUUAGUUUCACAGGCAUUUUUUAGCUGCCUACUUUUGAUAAGGAGAGAGGUUUGAAAACGAUUGGUUUUACGAGGGUGUGCCAUGGUUUGUGCAGCCCAAAGCAGAGGGCACAGAAUAGGAAGAGGCCUGGACGUCUCUUCCCAAAUCUCAGCCACCAUUUCCUUUCUCUUCCUGCUGGCCACUUUUUUGCUGUUGACUUUGUAUGGUAUGUGCUUUUUCUUACAAUUUUUUUGGACGAGCCCUGUGGCAUUUCUCCCUCCCCUCUUUGUUUUAAGCUGUCCCCAGCACAGCAGCAGUCCCUGCAGCACAAACCGGGCCUCUGAUGGGCUGUGAUGGUUCACGCGUCUCCAAAGACGCUUUGGCCUCACGCUUGCAUCCUGAGCCUCACUGGAUCACCCGAUCAGUUUGCCCAUGGAGCUAUAAGCCUUGUGUUGGGCUCAAGGUUCACACUGUGGUGUUUUUCUCUGCUGCUUUUUCACCGUCACCUCGGCACAGCAAAAUGGAGGUUUAGUUGAAGGAAAGGCUGCCAUUUGGACAGAAAGAGAAAUGAAUCCUUUAGAAUUACUGACUUAGGCAGGGCUGAAGCACCUGUGGAGCCAGCUGGAUUCCAGCUAAGCUGCUUGGAAAACUCUUUCUGGUCUCCCUGCACAUCCUCUGCCUUCUGAUGGGUGAGAGACACUGCAACGUUCACCCUCGUGGCAUGGGGUUUGCAGCUCCCUGGUGGUUUCUGUGCCGUAGCUCAUCCAACAGCACCAUUUGUUCCCUCCUCGCAGCCUUUUCCCCUCCAGGAUACUGAUACCUUGCCUGGCACACAGCUCUGGGGCUGGGGUAUGCUCAACCUCAUCCGGGUGUUUGAAGCCUUUCUCUUGUAUCCCUGUUGCCUGCAGGGUGGUUUGUAUGGUGCUGCUGAGCAGUUUGGCUUGUGGCACGUGUGGUUUGGGUGUAAUCUGUGUGUGCUGUCUUCUUUUUAAUAUGUGGCUAUUAAAUACGUUGGUGGAGGGCAUGGGCUUUGCUGGGACUGCUUGCUGGGGUCCAGAGUUGGGAGAAACCUGCUGCUGUGUUGAAGCACAGACGGACAAAGCCCUCUGUGAAAUUCAGAAGCUGCAGACUGCCAGCUCUUGUGCUGCAGAGUGUGUUUUAACACCAGAUGGGAUAUAUCUAGCCCCAGGCAUCUGAUUGUCAGGUAGAGAUGGGAUGAAAGCCUCAUGGAGUUUCAAGGAAGCUGGUUCCUGUGUUUCACCAGAUUUCCAGAGGUGUGCACCUCAGUGGCUGUAAAAGCCAGCCCUUAGCCUCUGGGUGAGUGAGGCAGGGGUCUGAGAGCCCCAAAUGCCCCAGGGAUCUCUGUGGGAGAGAUCCACACCGUGCUGCACCUGUGACCUUCCUCCUCCCUUCCUUGGGUGGUUGCUCAGCCGUGCUCUGCAGAGCCUGCUUGCAGGGUGCCAGCCCUGUCCCACAGCGUGCAGCCCACGCUGGGUUACAUCCACCACAGAGCAGCUCUGGAUGCGGGGAGCAGCCCCGCAGAGGUCACCCAGGACCCACACAGGUAGGUGCAACUCGCAUAUGUGGGACAACCCGGCUUGGUCUCAGGUGACUGCAAUUCCUCGCCUCUCAGUCCUUGUUUUUGCAUCCACAACCUUCCUUCUUCAUGGGGUUUUGCCAAGGGAGAGCAAACGCCCAGCAGCAGCAGCCCCGCAGCUCUGCUUUUGUAGGGGACGAAGCGCUUUGCAAGGUAAGGGGGCGUCAGGGCAAGGGGAAGAGGGGGGAAAAGGCAAAGGUCACAAAGGCCAGGGAGUUGGGAUGGUCUUGGAGACAGCUGCUGAUCCCACAGGCAGGUAGGACAGUGCUGAGCAGCUGGAGUUGUUUUAUUUUGCCCUUUUUUUUUUUUUUUUUAAUUAGAGUUGAAGAUCCUGGCUAGUUUCUAGGCCCUUUCUCCUGCAAAUUUUAAUUAAAAAUGGGUAAGUAAAAAAAGUAAGUGGCUUGGGGCUCUGUUGUGAUCCCUUUAUUGGGUUUGCUCUCACAGGUUUGCUUUGGGUUGAGUCAGAAAUAUUUAACAAGAAGGUGUCUGAUGGGGGUCGUGCCCUGGAAGCUGGAUGCUGCUUGCACUUGGCACAGCUGCCAAGGAAUCCCUGUGAAGGUGGCGCUGAUCCUGUCUGGCUUAGCGGAUUGCUGCAGGAACCUUCACAGCUCAUGGGCCAUGCACUCACUGCAGGGGAGAGGCCGUUUCUUCUUUAAAAAACUGGGAUUUAGCUAAACCCCGUCCUGCUUGUCCUGACAGUGACGGCAGCAGGCACCAGCGCUGCACACAGUUGCUACCUGGUGGUGAGCAGGAGGUAAGGGACUUCUGGUACAUUUUUCCCUUUGUGCUGAGGACUGUGCUCCUGAGGCUGCUGCAUGAAUUCGUGCAAACUCCUUGCUAUUUUUCAGUGGGUGAGCUGUCAGAAAAAUGUGGUUGGCAUUGCUGUCACUGUAGAGGACUAAGCUGUUUAUUUCAGAGAGAGACUUUGUGGACUGCAUAGCCAAGGAACUCUGUAGUAUCUAACAGUGUUGGGGUUUGAAGUGCAUGAAAGCUACUGGGAAAUAGAGCAGGGACAAGGCGUAUUACAAAUAAAUUACACUGGUAAUAAUAUACUCAACAUUUUAUUAUAAAACCCUCUAAAGCGCCACUUUAUAGCUCACAGUUACGACAAAGGAAAUGCCUUGAGUUAAGAAAACAGUGGGGACACAGAGACAUCGUUUAACAUUUUUUUGUCUGGGAAACAGGUGUUGCUCAGGACUCGCCUACGUUCACCAUCCCCUGGCGGUCCCAGCAAGCCCACCGAAGCUGACGGGGCUGCGGUGUGGGCAGUGGGGCUGCUCCUGCCCAGUGCUGUGUGGGUACCGCUGUGAAAUGGAUGGACAAGCUCUGGCAGGUGACAGCGGGGUGUAGGGUGAGGGCAUGGUGCUGUGUGUCUAUUUAGGGGGUGGACAGGCUCUCCUGCCAG